CGUAUGCAUUCUACGAAAAAAGGAAGGCGAGGCCUAAAUUUCUCCUUGGAGGAAAACAAUGGCGACGGCUUUCUUCUACACGAGCUCCAGCUCCAGCAUCCACCGCCUCUGCCAUCGGUCGAUCUCAUCUCCGCCGUGCGUCUCGACGUCGCCGCCGUUUCCUCCGUCGCGUUUGCACCGUCGAAGCUUCCUCCUCCUCGCCGCACCCAGCACCGGCCGUCGUCUCGCCGUCGCCCCCGGCCCUCCCUCUCCGCCUGGUCCCGAACCUCCGCCUCCGCGGAACACGAAUGAGCUCGCGGGUUUCGUUAGAUCGAUCUCCCGGAUUCAAGACCGAGUUAGGAUAUUCUUUGCGGUGCUAUUCUGGAUGUCACUCUUCUUUUGGGCUUCCGCAUCUGACGGGAAGGGUAAGGGAAAGAGUAAGAAGGGUUCGCAUUUCAAAUAGACUCGCCCGAAUCUUGUGAGGGUUUCGGUGAUUGGUCAACAACAACACUCUUAUCUACAAUGUGUAUAUGUGCAAAAAAAGGGAGUAGCUUCAGAAAAUUCGCCCCACGUAAGCAUCUUUCUUGUAGAUUCUUUAUCAAAAUUUUGUGUUGUCCAGGUGAAUAUAGGAGCAUCCGCCAUUGAUUCUUUUGCUUGAUCUCCAUUGGAGCUUCAUAAAUUACUCUCCUUGUCGUAAAGUCGAAAACUUUCGCCCUGUAAUAUUCGCCGAAAUCACUAUGAUGGUACAAUAUUUGAAACAGAUAUGUAUAUGUUGGUCCAA